UUUCCCGAUUUCUAUUGGAACAUGAACAACGACGGCUUGUUCAUGAGUUGGUUAAAUUGUCAAAUAGACCAGCCGGAGACAUUGCUUGCUCAGGUGACGGACCAACGUGUCCUCUGAAUUUGCAGAUUGACUAUGCAUUGCUACUUUCAAUGGGAGAGGCAGGAGCAGAAGUCGAGGCUGGAAGAGCAAUCUGCCACCAUGAUACUACUUUGUUGACAUGA